UAAUUUUUUCCAUGACUGUAUGAUCGCGUUCAGACACAACACUGGCACCGCCAUCAGGGCAGAGACUCCACCGGGAGACGAUCAUCUGCUGGACACGGAGACAAACAUUCCAACCACGGCAAGAUCACAGUCUGUGACCCCAUGACCCGCCAGGCUGACCUGCAGUUCAACCCCAUCAGCAAGCCCACUGUGGGGUCUUGUACCAUUACAUGGAGAGACGAGUCCUGUCUGCAGGAGCAGGAGCCAAGGCCUUAAUGGAGAAUGGCUCCACUGGGGACAGCAAGACAGGUGCAAGGCCCCUGGUGGCUUCAUCCUUCCCGUAUAUAAGAGUGGGAGAGGGGGGAGGUUCGACUUCACCGGGAAACCUUGAAACUGCUGAACGUUGUGUCCAGCUCAGCACACACGUGGAGAACAUGGAGGACGACUUUCGGCCACAGCUGAAGAGGAUGGCUGUAGCCAUGGGCGCUUCACUCACAGAGCAGGACAUCGACCGCAUGCCGCGGGGGAUGACAUCACAGGGUGACGCUGUGAAAUUUCAACUUUUGGAAUACAUGAGGCAGUUCAAGACCUCAGAGCAACGAGAAGAAGCCAUCAAGAAGGCCUUCACGAUGCUCGACAAAGACGGCAGCGGCUACAUAGAGUGGAACGAGAAGUACAUUCUGUUGAUUGUACCGACUACAACCCCAUCAGCUCCCCUCUCUGAUGAGGAGGCGGAGGCCAUGAUCCAGGCUGCAGACACUGAUGGAGACGGACCCAUCAACUACAGAGAGUUCUCUGACAUGGUGAAGAUGGAGAAGAAACCGAGAAAGUAGAGCUCAUGUGGUCAACCUGAGUACAAAGUCAGAGUGUUACUGCAGAGAGAGAGAGAGAGAGAGUAAAAGAAAGGAGAAGGAGAAGACCGAGAGGC